ACAACAAGCAGAACUCAACCUGUAGUUUGAAGUUUUUCCUCCCUCUGUCUUUUCUCCUUCUCCUUUUAUUUUUUUUUUUUCAAACUUCCCUCUAUUGCUUCUUUUGCUCAACUCCCACUCACUAUUCCCUCCCUCCUUUCCCUCUCCAACCCACUCUUACUCUACUUCGCCAGGGCUCCCUCCUCUGUGUGAAUCUGUCAGGGAGGCAGUGUGUGUGUGUGUGUGUGUGUGUGUGUGCGCAUGUCUCCAUUGGGAACACUUCUUUUAAACUUACAGCACUUCUUUUGGGAGCGGUGGGCAGGCUUUUUUCCAGAGUGUGAGAGAGGAGACCCCCGUGGUGCUGUGAUUUGACUAAACAAACAGCCGGGCUCAGAGCCGGUACCUCCUCCAGUGGACUCCCGGGACAGCAGAGAUUAACCUCAGACUCUGAACAUCUGAGGGAUCUAUACAUCUGAGGCAGCAGCCCCCCGUAGAGACACUCUCUCCUCUGAUUUCAGAAGGAGGAGACUGACCGGUGGCCGGCAACCUCCUCGGACAGAGAGAGGGAAGAAGACCUGUCUGUAUGCUUCUAGGACCACUCUGAAGAACCAAGUGCAUUGAAGGCGUCCACAAUGAGGAGGGUGAUGGCAUCCACGCUCCAUCUGACAGUCACAGUUACAGCAGCAGCUCUCCUGUGUUUCUGCACCGAGCUGAACUGUCUGGAGAUCACACCCGACGACAGAGAGCUCGUCCUGGUCGAGGGCUCCUCCUUAACCCUCACCUGCUCCGGCUCAGGGGACCCGACGUGGACGUUCAAGAGGGACGACGUGCCCUACUUCCAAGCAGAACAAGUUCAAAGCGGCGGUCAGAGCUACCAGAUCGUGCAGAGCAGCGACACAUCCAGCGUUUUGACCUUGUGGAACGUGAGCUGGAAGCACACGGGGGUGUAUCAGUGCGUCGAUCGACUCACUGGAGAAUCUGAGGAGGUGGCUGUUUUUGUCCCAGACCCUGAUGUGUGGUUCAUAGAGAGCUCCCACGGCAUGGUGACAAAGACCAGCGAGGAGACCACCAUCCCCUGUGUGGUCACCAAUCCCAACAUCAACGUCACCCUGUACGAGAGGGACACCGAGCUGCCCAUCAGGGGGCUAUACGUUCCCAGCGAGGGGUACAAGGCCCCGCUGGAGGACAGGACCUACAUGUGCCGGGGAGAGCUGAACGAGGAGGUGAAAGAGUCGCAGGCCUUCUACGUCUACAGCAUUGUCGUCCCGGAGGCCAUCGACGCCUACGUCAAUGCGUCAAAGACUGUCCUGAAGCAGGGCGAACCGCUGACGGUCAACUGCACGGUGCACGGAGUGGAGCUGGUGUAUUUCUCCUGGGAUAUCCCCAACAGAGAGGUCGUCGAGGUCGAGCCGCUGACAGACGUCCUGUCCGCCAUGCACAUGCGCUCCUGCCUCAUCUUCCCUCGUGCCACGGUGGCCCACAGCGGAAGCUACGUGUGCCAUGUCCACGAGAGCGUCCAAGACCAGAUGGCCUCUGCCAGCGUCAACAUCACAGUGCUCGAACGAGGCUUCGUGGACGUGAAGGCCGCUCAGCAACAGAACAUUUCAGCCAAGCUGCAGGAGAACGUGGAGCUGAGGGUGGAGAUAGAAGCCUACCCUCCCCCUCAGGUCCGCUGGAGCAAAGACGGCGCCACCAUCAAGGGAGACAAAACCAUCAUAACCAGAGCAGAGCACGAGAUCAGGUAUGUCACUAUGCUCACCUUGGUGAGGGUGAGGACGGAGCAGAAGGGCCUCUACAGCGUCCUCGUCACAAACGGAGAUGACACGAAGGAAGUGACCUUUGACCUGGAGGUCCAAGUUCCCUCUCAGAUUAAAGCGCUGACUGACCACCACCUCCCUGGGAAGAGACACUUGGUGACCUGCGUAGCCGAGGGGGUCCCAACCCCGACCAUCCAGUGGUACAGCUGUGACAGCAUGCACCAGUGCAGCAACCAGACGGCGGUGUGGCAGCCGCUGACACCGGCGCCAGAGGUGCUGAGCAUCCAGACCAACGUCAGCUACAGCGAGACUCUUAAAACCAGCCGGGUGGAGAGCAAGGUGACCUUCCACAAGCCCCAGCAGGUCACAGUGCGCUGCGAGACCAGCAACCGAGCGGGACUCCUCGACAGGAGAGACGUCAAACUGGUGUCCAGCACGCUGUACUCCCAGGUGGCAGUAUUGGCUGCUGUUUUAGCCUUGGUGGUCCUCAUUAUCAUAUCUAUCAUCAUCCUCAUCUUUGUGUGGAGGAAGAAACCUCGCUAUGAGAUCAGGUGGAAGGUGAUAGAGUCGGUGAGCCAGGACGGUCAUGAGUACAUCUAUGUGGACCCCAUCCACCUGCCUUAUGACCUGGCCUGGGAAAUGCAGCGAGACAACCUGGUGCUCGGUCGCACUCUUGGAUCAGGAGCCUUUGGCAGGGUGGUCGAGGCAACUGCUUACGGUCUCACGCAUUCCCAGUCCAGCACUAAAGUGGCCGUGAAAAUGCUGAAAUCUACAGCCAGGAGGAGUGAGACUCAGGCUCUGAUGUCAGAGUUGAAGAUCAUGAGUCACCUGGGUCCUCACCUCAACAUCGUCAACCUGCUGGGAGCUUGCACCAAACAUGGCCCUCUGUAUCUGGUGACCGAGUACUGUCGCUAUGGCGACCUGGUGGACUACCUGCACAGGAACAAGCACAGCCUCCUGCAGAGCUACGCUGAGAAGAACCAGGACGACGGCUGCCUCAUCUCUGGAGGAAGCACUCCGCUCAGCCAGAGGAAAGGCUACGUGUCCUUCGGCAGUGAGAGUGAUGGAGGAUACAUGGACAUGAGUAAAGACGAGCCCACCAUCUACAUGCCUAUGCAGGAGCAGAUGGACUCCAUCAAGUACGCCGACAUCCAGCCGUCUCCGUACGAGUCUCCCUACCAGCACGACGUCUACCAGGAACAAGGUGACGGAGGCAGAUUGGACCUGGCCAUCAGCGACUCUUCCGCUCUCACCUACGAAGAUCUGUUGGGCUUCAGCUACCAAGUGGCAAAGGGGAUGGAGUUCCUCGCCUCCAAGAAUUGCGUCCAUCGUGACCUCGCUGCCAGGAACGUGUUGAUCUGCGAGGGCAAACUGGUGAAGAUCUGUGACUUCGGCCUGGCCAGAGACAUCAUGCACGAUUCCAACUACAUCUCUAAAGGCAGCACCUUCCUGCCCCUGAAGUGGAUGGCACCAGAGAGUAUUUUCCAUAAUUUGUACACCACCCUGAGCGAUGUGUGGUCAUAUGGCAUUCUUCUUUGGGAGAUUUUCACACUUGGAGGAACCCCCUACCCUGAUCUGCCCAUGAACGAGUUGUUCUACAGCGCUCUGAAGAGAGGCUACCGCAUGGCCAAACCUGCCCACGCCUCUGAUGAAGUUUAUGACAUCAUGAAGAAGUGCUGGGAUGAGACGUUUGAGAAAAGGCCUGAGUUCUCCUUCCUGGUCCACAGUGUUGGGAACAUGCUGGCAGACAGCUAUAAAAAGAAAUACAGCCAAGUGAACGACAACUUCCUGAAGAGUGACCACCCGGCAGUCGCCCGCACCAAACCCAGACUGUCCUCGCCCUUUCCCAUCGCCAACCCGGCGUUCGGCUCCCCACCGCCCCCCCUCUACGUCCCCCCGGACCCCUACAGCCAGAGCCCGAGCCCCUCAGAGUUUGGACCGGAGGCAGACACGCAGGAAGUCAUAACUUCAUACAACGAAUACAUCAUCCCCAUCCCAGACCCCAAGCCGGAGGACGUAUUCACUGACGUGCCGUCAGAAAGCCCUGCAAGCUCUCUGGCUCUGGAGGAGGAGGAGACGGACUCCAUGUCGCAGGACGAUGCCGACACUCUCCCAGAAGAGGACAGGCUGGAGGAGACCAGCGAGAGAGACGCUCUGCUCGGCUCCUCCGGGACGCCCGAGGUAGAAGACAGCUUCUUGUAGCCGCCCGGAGAAAACAUCCUCUUUUUUCUGGGAGUUGAAAAAAGGGAAGUAAACUAGAAUGUAGCAUAAACGGAGACUGAGAAGGAAAUCUUUCUGUUUCCACUAAGCACUCGGAGCCCUUCUUUUGAGUUUUGUAUCAAACUUAGUACCUCUGACACUAAACUGCGUACAAAUAAUGAGCAUGAUGUUAUCAUAGAAGCUCUUCAUAAUAUGAAUACGGUACUCUCCUCGCUCUCUAAAGACAAGUAAAGAUGUAUUUUCUAGAGAUAAUAUGUGCUUUCUUUCUUAGACACAUUUAGCCAGAAUGUCCCUGUUCACAACCAGCGUAGAUUUUUAGAAAAAGUUUUAAUAACACAAAAUGAUCAACACGACGAUAUAAAGAAAUAUACUGUCCAAACAAGAACAAUAUUCACAGGAAUCAUUAUAGCAUUAUGUCCUAAACCAUGAUCAGCCAUGGAAAGGAAGCAAUUGAACUUAAAGGUGUUUUUGAUAACAUUCAGCCCACCCCCCCCUCCCGUUUCAUUGCAUUUACUUCACAACAAGUCGUUGCCAGACACUGACCAAUCAAUCUCAGACAUUUAUCCGUUUUUUUCCGCACUAACCAUGGAUGUAUUAAAAGCAGGGACGCACCGAUACCACUUUUCUUCAGACCGAGUACAAGUACUUACAUUUGGGUACUCUCCGAUACCGAGUACCGA